AUGGAUACUAAGACUCCUGUUACAUUGGCUAAGGUCAUCAAGGUUUUGGGUAGAACCGGUUCUAGAGGUGGUGUCACCCAAGUCAGAGUUGAGUUCUUGGAAGAUGCUUCCAGAACCAUCGUCAGAAACGUUAAGGGUCCAGUCAGAGAAAAUGACAUCUUGUGCUUGAUGGAAUCCGAGAGAGAAGCCAGAAGAUUGCGUUAA